AUGGAAGAAUUCAAAGACGCCCGCUCGAUCGACGAGCUCAGUCACGUCGACAAGCUCGACACCCUUGGACCUCAGGGCCAGGAGCUGGAGGCCCGCUUUGAGCAGUACGAAAUUUUGGCCGAGGAGGCCAAGACCCAUAACACGCUCUGGGACAGACUCGUGCUGAGAUCCGGCUACACUUUCCAGUUCAAGGAGAAAAAACAUAUGGUGCGCAUGCUGGCGUGUUUCGCGUCGUUGGGUGGCAUGCUUUCUGGUGUUGACCAGUCGCUCAUUUCCGGUGCUAAGGUGUCUCUUGUUCCCUCGUUGUCGCUCACUUCGCACGAGCAGUCGCUGGUGAGUGCGCUAAUGCCUGUGGGAGCCAUGGGCGGCUGUAUUUUCCUGUCGCCGCUCAAUGAGUUGCUGGGCAGAAGAUUGUCCAUCAUGGUGGCGUGCAUCUCGUACACGAUCGGUGGCAUUCUGUGUGCUGCCACGCCGAACGUGGAGGGCCUGUACGCCGGCCGCUUUUUCAUUGGUUUUGGAGUCGGUUUGGAAUCCAUCAUCCCUGCCUACGUUUCUGAAUGCGCUCCGUCGGAGCUCAGAGGUAACCUUGUGUCGCUGUACCAGUUCAACAUCGCACUCGGCGAGGUGUUUGGCUACGCCAUAGCAGCUAUGUUCUAUUCACUCGAUGGCGCGUGGAGAUACAUUCUGGGCUCGUCGUUAUUUUUCUCGACGCUCCUCUUUAUCGGUAUGUUUUUCCUGCCUGAGUCGCCUAGAUACCUCGUUCACAAGAACAAGGUUGGCGCGGCGUACUCGAUCUGGAAACGGCUCAGAGACAUCAACGAUGUGUCCAAUAAAGUGGAGUUCCUGGACAUGAUUCAGUCGCUCGAGCAGGAGAAGCUCGAGGACGCGCAUCUCUCGACAAAGCACAAGUGGAUGGACUUUAUCACGAACCCACGGGCCCGCCGGUCGCUAGUCUAUGCCAACAUCAUGAUCUUCCUCGGCCAAUUCACGGGUGUCAACGCCAUCAUGUACUACAUGUCGACGCUCAUGGCGUCGAUCGGCUUCGACGAGAAGAACUCUGUCUUCAUGUCGCUUGUCGGCGGCGGAGCACUGCUGCUCGGCACCAUCCCGGCCAUCUUGUACAUGGACUACUGUGGCCGCCGGUUCUGGGCUAACUCCAUGCUUCCUGGCUUCUUUAUCGGUCUUGUCUUUGUUGGAAUCUCCUACCAGCUGCCUGUCACUGGAGCCUCCGCUCUCGGCCUGUACCUCACGGGUAUCGUCCUCUACAUGGGCUUUUUCGGCUCCUACGCCUGUCUCACCUGGGUUGUGCCAUCUGAGGUGUACCCUACGUACCUGCGUUCCUACGGAAUCACCGCCUCCAGCACCAUGCUUUACCUAUGGACGUUCAUAAUCACAUACAAUUUCACCGACAUGUGGAAUGCGUUCACCAACACGGGGCUUACGCUGGGCUUCUAUGGGGGCAUUGCAGCUCUUGGCUGGAUCUACCAGCUGCUGUUUGUGGUCGAGACCAAGGGUCGGUCGCUCGAGGAGAUCGACGAUCUUUUCUCCAAGCCGACUCUCACGCUCGUUGGCAUUAAUCUCAAAUGCACGAAGAGGGACUUCUACAAUAUCUUCCACGGCAACUUCAGAGAAGUUGUCCGCGGGACUUCCUACUAG